AUGGCGUUGUACAAGCACGGCCAGGAUGGCAGUGUGGGGGAUGCCAUCCUCUUGGAGCCCAUCAAUGAGGACGCCUUCAUUGAGAACUUGGAGAAGCGGUUCAAAAAGUCAAAGAUCUACACGUACAUUGGCGAAGUCGUCGUCUCUGUCAACCCAUACAAGUCGUUGAACAUCUACGGCGACAAUGUCAUCAAGGAGUACCGCAGUCGCGAGAUGUACGAGCGUGAGCCGCAUGUGUUUGCGCUGGCCGACGCCGCCUACCGUACCAUGAAGCGCCGGCGCCAAGAUACCUGCAUCGUCAUCUCCGGCGAGAGCGGUGCUGGCAAGACGGAGGCGAGCAAGAUCAUCAUGCGCUACAUCGCCGCCGUCACAAACCCCUCAAAGCAGAGCGAAGUCGAGCGUGUCAAGGACUUGCUGCUGCAAUCGAAUGCGGUGCUGGAGGCGUUUGGCAACGCGCGCACGAAUCGCAACGACAACUCGUCUCGCUUCGGAAAGUACAUGGACAUCAACUUUGACUUCAAGGGCGACCCGAUUGGCGGCCACAUUGAGAACUACCUCCUCGAAAAGGCGCGCGUCGUCGCACAGCAGGAGGGCGAGCGCAACUUCCACGUGUUCUACCAGCUCCUCGCCGGCGCCGACGACGCCCACCUCAGGACCCUCGGCCUCCAGCGGGAUGCGCGCCAGUUUGCGUACGCGUGCGGCGGUGACGUGACAACGGUCAAGCGCAUCAACGACAAGGCAGACUUCAAGGCAGCCGUGCAGGCGAUGAAGCGCAUUGGCUUCAGCGACGACACGCGCUCGACCAUCUGGCACAUUGUUGCUGCCAUCUUGCACCUUGGCAACGUGACGUUUGCAGACAACGGCGACACGUGCAAGCCCGUCAAUGAGCAGAUUGUCAACCGCGUGGCGCUGCUGCUCGACACGUCGCCAGGCACCGUCGUGGAGGCGCUCACAAACAGGGUGGUUGCUGCGCGCGGUGAGGUUGUGGUGAAGCCGCUCACGAAAACAGAGGCCACACACGCACGCGAUGCACUCGCAAAGGCGAUGUACGAUCGCACAUUCACACACAUCGUCAAGACAAUCAACGACGCCAUCGAGGUGCGAACUGGCAACGGCGCGCGACAAACCGUCAUCGGCGUGCUCGACAUUUACGGCUUUGAAAUCUUCGACAACAACAGCUUUGAGCAGCUGUGCAUCAAUUACUGCAACGAGAAACUGCAGCAGCUCUUCAUCGAACUCGUUCUCAAGCGCGAACAGGAGGAGUACCGGAAGGAAGGAAUCACGUGGACGGACGUCAAGUUCUUCAACAAUCGCGUCAUCUGUGAUCUGAUUGAGGACGGGCGGCGCGGCAUCCUCUCCAUCCUCGACGAGCAGUGUCUCAUGGUUGGGCGGCGCACGGACAGGACGUUCCUUGAGGCGAUGGACCAGCAGCUGGCCAAGCACGACCACUACAGCAGCCGACAGACGAACAACAAGGACAAGGACCUGGAGCGCAACGAAGACUUCCGCCUCAAGCACUUUGCUGGCGACGUCAUCUACAAAGUGGACGGCUUCCUGGAGAAGAACAAGGACACGCUCUUCCAAGACCUCAAGCGCCUCAUGUACUCCUCGCACAACCCCGUCAUCAAGGAGCUGUUCCCUGACGGCGCCCGCGACAUUCGCGCCGUCACCAAGCGGCCCGUCACAGCCGGCAAAGCAUUCAAGACGUCGAUGGGGGCGCUGGUUGAGCAGUUGGCACAGAAGGAGCCGUUCUACGUGCGCUGCAUCAAACCAAACGAGACAAAGUCGUCAUCGUCGUUCAACACCGAACGCGUCAGGCACCAGGUGCGGUAUCUCGGCCUGAUGGAGAACGUGCGCGUGCGGCGCGCCGGAUACGCCAACCGCCAGACAUAUGAACACUUUCUCACCCGAUACAAGAUGCUCUGCAGCCAGACUUGGCCAAACUUCACCGCGGGCACGACGAAGCAGGGCGUAAAGUUGAUUCUGGAGGCAUUUGACCUCCGCCUGGCGCCCAACGACAACCACGACGUUGCGCUCGGCAACACUAAGCUGUUUAUCCGACAGCCCAGCACGCUCGCCCUUCUCGAGUCUGCACGCGAGAAGAAAAUUCCAGACCUUGUUACCUUCGUCCAGGCACGCUGGCGCGCGUGGAUUGCUCGCAAGUACGUGCGCCGCCUCCGCGCUGCCGUUGUAAUCAAGCGCGCAUUCAAGAAAUUCAAGAUGCGGUUCUUCUUUGUGAAGGUGCUGCGUCUGUUUGCGAAUGUGUCGAGCGACCCCAACCUCGGUCGCGACUACACCUGGCCAACGCCGCCCGCCGUUCUCCAUGACUUUAUCACCCGUCUCAAGUUCAUGCACCAGCGCUGGCGUGCCCGCAAGAUCAUCUCCAGGUUGGAUGCGAAGACGGUUGAGCGGCUGCGGCUGAAGGUGCUGGGCAUGAUCAUCUUCCAUGCGCGUGUACCGUAUUGGGCACACGACCUCAACUGGAAGGGCGACUACCUUGCGGAUCCCAACAGGAACCGGGCGCUGGACGCGUACAUGCAGUCGCUGGCAACGCUGCGACAGCAGGGCAUGUGCCAGCAUCUCGUGUUCUCCAGCCCCGUACAGAAGCUCAGCCACCGCGGCAAGACGCAGCUGCGUGCGCUGGUGCUAGCGCGUGACGGGUUGUACAAACUCGACCCUGUCAAAGGCUUUCGAAUGGGCACAAAGCCUGUGCCACUGACACAGAUUGACGCGGUGACUGUCACGUCCAACCUGGAUGCCGUGUGUGUCAUUCACUUGCGCGGCGACAAUGACCUAGUGGUCUACUUUCCCUCGGGUCACCGCGUUCCGGAAUUUGUCACGCGUCUCGUGCGCACGUGCUACUUGGUGCACCACUACAUCCAGGUGCAUGUGAAGGACACGCUGUACUUUGUGCACGACACGCACCGCCCAAUUGCCAUUUACGGCACCAUCGAGCCAGACCCCGUGCCCCAAUUCAUCAAGACCGCAGAUGGGUACUCUGUCACCAUUCCCAAGCUGGGCGAGCACAGCAGUUCCUCCGCACUGGACGUGUAG